AUGGGGCUGACCUUCUCAGAGGCCGAAGGACUUCGACUCCAUGAGAGGGCGAGAAACGUGUUUCGGGGGAAUUUAAAAAGUCAAUUAGUAUUUUGCUUUGUCAGGUGUAGAGUCCAGGCCCGGGGAAGAGCGGCAGCCAAGCGAGGCCAUAAAGGACGUUGCUAUGGUUUCCACGCACGUCGUCUCCCUCAGCCUGUUUCUUUGCGCGGCGCUGGCGAUUGCGUAGUUUCCGCUUCCAGUAGUGAGGAGGCCAGUUUAUACAGAAUCCUCACUAUGGAUGGGCUCAUUGAGGACAUUAAACGUCGGCGGUAUUAUGAGAAGCCAUGCCGCCGGCGACAGAGGGAAAGCUAUGAAAGGUGCCGGCGGAUCUACAACAUGGAAAUGGCUCGCAAGAUCAACUUCUUGAUGCGAAAGAAUCGGGCAGAUCCGUGGCAGGGCUGCUGAGGCCUGUGGAUGGGACACCCAGUGUGAAACCCUCAUCCAGUUUUGUCUCCAUCUCUUUUCUUUGUACAAUCCCAUUUCCUAAACUCAAAUCACAUGUCUGCAAAAAGGCCUCCAAAUAUAGAAACAAUUCAAUUA